AUGAAAUGGGCCAUUGAGAGGGUGAACGAUCCCACCCAGUACAGUGUUGACCCUCUGCGACUGGUGCGUACUGGUGGUCGAGGACCUGAUGGUAAGGAUCCCUCCUGUCUCCUAUUCUGUUCUCGUUCGCGAUCGCCGUCUUUCCAGAAAGGCCGCCCGAUUACGCCUCUAGUAGGGCACUGUACGAAGCAUCACCGCAUGCUGACUCAUCCUCCCGACUCUUCAAAGAAUAGGCCAUUUUACGGGUGUUUUUGAUGGAUUUUAAUAAUUCAGCUGACCCAGCCGUGAAGCACUCGGCGGCCUUCAUGGGUUUUGGAUUCCUUUGAUAACAAGGGCAGGGCUUGAGUACAGCAAAUGCUCUAUUUGAUGAUGGAUUCCGCACGUCGCAGUAGGUUGGACGGGUAACUUGACCUUGAGCUAGUGGCUCAUUCUCUGAGCCACUUAACUUAGGUGUUUAGAGCGUUGGCUGUAUCCAAACUUCGACUCUGCUGUUGUCGAUCUACAUGCCAUCGAGACUACCGAGUUUUCCCUUUGGAAUUGCCGAUUUGUUACUUUUGUGUGUAACGGUUUAAGUGGUGGUCUGACUACUAACCAUAAAUGGGAGGUGGAAGACACCAGCGGAAGGACUAUUAUGUGCAUACAGGCUCAAUCAGUCUAAGGCGUUACGCUUUUGUCGGGUUUGCCUACGCGAAGAAGCAGGUAACAUCGUGCAAGCAUGCCAGCCCUGGCUGCCUGGCUCGCGUGUGGACGGUUGCAACUGGUUGGCCGGCCGAAGCGAUCGUGGCUGAUUGUGGGCUAAACCGUCAUCCUGCGUCGUACGCAUGAAGCCUGCUCUUGGCAGCUCAAUUUACUCGAGCAGUAGCCACCGUGAGUUCACGGGUAGUCGCCAUGUCUCCUCUUAUUCAGUGUCUACAGCAAUUUAUACCAUCUAAAUUUUGUCAUUUUACGCCCAGAGGGCACUUUUAGCCCACCCUGCACAGAUUGCCAACCCAUAUUAGGACAAUUUUUACUGUGCACUUUGAAACAUUUACACUCCUAUGGGCGCGUCCUCCUUGUUGUCAGCUUCCAAAAACUCAUGCAUCCCGCGCACAGACAUAACUGAAAGUCAACAGCAAUUGGUCAUCCCUAAUAUAACUGACCGCUUCCUAUGUCAGCCAUGCCGUGCUUGUUGCAGCCACCAGAGGGUGGGGUGGAGGGCGAUAAGGAUUGUUCAAACCACGCAAGCCCAUAGGAAGUCAGAAUUUGCCUUCCCCACCUCCCCCCGCCCUUCUUUCGUCUGCGCAUUGAAUGGGACAUGGAAAUUCUUGAGGAACCACCUACCCUCAGGGCCAUCCGGGGGCGCACUUGCCCUUUAGUAGCUGCGGCUGGUGUGCCCUGAUUUCACUGGCCCCCUUCCUGUUCUGACCCCAUCCGCAUCGCUCUCUCUCUGUACACCGUCUUCCCCUUUUUUUUAAAGGCCACAUUCAACUCAAGCACAGGACAACGGGCCUUCACAUGCCCUUCAUCAUGGUGGACCACAACCGCUCCCGUCAGAUGGAAACCAAGACUGUCCACGAGGAAGUCAUACUCAAGGUGAACCUCAAUGAUGAAAAUCCCACCACCGUCACUCUGGUGUUUUACAUUAACUGUUUCCUAUGCUCAACCUAUACGCGAGUUCGACUUCCCUCGGCGCAGUUGCCGGCGUUUUCAUACCUUAGCUUCUCCCACUCACGGGUCUGUCGUGCUCAUGUCAGUACAGCAAGUGAAGCGCCUCCCCCCUGCCGUCGUUCACUUUCUUAUUGCUUGCAUUCACUUCCGCGUCAAGAGGAGACGUUCAUUGGGCGAGGUGUGUUUCCAGUCUGACGUUCCAAUUUGGGCAUCCAGCUACAUAUCUUUGCAGACUAGGCACCGGAAGGGGAUUGCGUGCCCUGCGCUGCUUGUUUCGUUGACUUAUUUUGUCCUUGGCGGAUAUGUAAUGUGUCCUAUUCGCCAGUAGUCGACGUUACCCCGGUUCACUUGGUGUUCGGAGCCAUAGAGCUGCACUUCCCUUUUCUGACUUCACUACGGGUCUUGCUCUUUUUUUCACGUAAUGCUGUAAGUCGAUAUUGUAGUAGAUUGAGCCGGUUCGGCCCCGUAUGUGGUGGUGUCGAGGGGCCCAUUGAUGGAGUCAGACUCAAUGGCCCCUUCUUAACCUGGCCUCUAUAGCGCUUCCACUCAGUCGGGGUUCGAGCAGCCUCCCCCUUUUUUGAUUUGCGCGCGAGAGCCCGGUCCGUCGUGCGUGUGGCACGCGUAGACGGGCUGUAUAUCCCCGUCAGCCACCGCGCCCGACCCCGCUACCGAUCUUCUGGACUCUGUCCUGACACUGGACCCAGGGGGGUGGUGAGGGUGGUGGAUGUUGCGCAGAUGUGCUUCCACAACAAAGUAAUUCACGCGCAAGUUACUGUAGUUCGCCAACCCUGUCAUGGGGCACAUGGUAAACACUGUCGGAAACGACGGUCGGAGUGCCGGGUUUAGCCGAUAUUUGGCAGUCACGCCUACUGCAGCUAUUUCACUGUAUACUCACCCCGGCUCACCACACCGACUGUGCCAAAACUGAAAUGGUAUCCCGCUUGGGUGGUGUGGGUUGCCGCCUGCGAAUACGGUAGCGACGCCAGCCACGGCCAUGCAUCUCAUCCAGGAUCAACGCUGACUGAAAUUGACGCAAGAAGGCACGACGGGGGAACGCGACCCUUCCGUCUUACACAGCCGUCUCUCUGUUUGUAGGACUUUCUAGCCGCAGAUGAUGGUUUAGGCAGAUUCGCUGUCUGCCUUAUCAAACUUUGAAUUCACCCCUCCCGAGGAAAGCCUCUUCAGUUGACUGCAUACCUGCGAAUGGCUUUAUCCCAGCUGCUGGUACCAUCCUUCGCAGGUUAAACCUACCCGCAACUAUGUUAAACUGACCGCCGUAGGUAGACACCCAAGAGAGCCAGUGACACAAACACGAAAGAUGCCGGCGCUAGCCCUACCUUUUGAGGAGGCAGAUUUUAUAUCAGAGAUCUCUGUCGGUGUCUAUUUUCCUUUCCGACCAGUCGGCAGCAGCCUGCGAACUGUAUCAGCCGUCUGUUGGUAUCUCAAGUUGACUUCGUCGGUUGGACACGUAAAAUCAGGACUCCUCGUACUUAAGUGGCUGCGCUGAAUUCCAGGGAAUACCCAUUGUCGUGUCCUAACUUUAACCCUUGCCCUCACCUAACCCUCCGCCCUGAGUUUAGUGCAAGACCACCCGCACUACGGAGGAUUCGUAUUCCCGCGCCCUGGCCUCUCGUUCUCCACCACAUUCGCCAUCUUUAACAAUCGUGUUUCUCGGCGCCUCAAACCAGUUUGCUGAGAUUUCACCAAGAGGUGCUAUUGCAGCCAGUCUUACAAUUAAUUUUUAUGUUCUGCUUGUCGACUCAGCAUGGUAUCCAGUAACAAUCGAAACCCGGUAACCGCCCGCCUUUUUCUGUAGCGUAGAAUGACAGUUCGACUGUCGUUGCCGACGAUGUCCACCUUGCGCUCCACUGGGCGUUGAUGCAGACACGGUGACUUGCGCGUGAAUUAGUUUAUAGUGAUAGUGGACUUGCGCAGCAUCUACCGCACCCUCCAUUUCCCACUCCCCACCUGGACCCGGUGUCAAGAGAGAGUCAAGAAGACCGAAGACGGGGGGCGCAGGUAGAUGGUGCGAUUGAGCCGCACCGUAGAAUGAAGUUGCAUGUUUCGCUUAUGACCGGGUGAUCCAGCCAGUCUCACUGCUUGACUCUCAGAUUGAGCCCACCGUCCAAUUGGCAAUCCUCGCGAGCUCGCCAAUUUCAAAGCCUUCGUUAAGCUUUUAAUAGUUACAAUAGCGAUUAUACUACUAGUUGAAUGUACUUUGUAAGGAGCCCGCGGGAACAAUAUCAGAGUAACAAGUGAAUUAAAUUCGCCAUUUAGAGACGCGGUAGAUGCUACGCAAGUCUGUCAUCGCUAUAAACGAACUCACGCGCAAGUCACCGUGCCUGCUGCACCUUCCUGUGUAUCACGCGGAAUCGGCGGUCGAACUGUCGGUGGACGUUUAAUUAUCGGUUUCAGAUUGCGAACGCCGGCACCCACCACGUGCUGACCUUUCAGUGUCAAAUUGGGUUGAACUGUCGUGUCACUUCUCACGUUCUUCCUCCUCUUUGAAUGCAGAUCGUCAAAAACUGGUGGCGUGAUCCCCUGCUGGCUCUGGUCGCCUCCGGUGAGGUGAAACGCUGGAUUGUUGCCACGACCAAAAUGAAGGAGGGCGACAUUAUUCGGUCGCACUGGGAAAUCCCCAACAUCACUGGUAAGUUUUGCAUUCUUAUUUUACGCAUGGAUACUCAACCAUAGGAAAGGCAUUUCCACGAUGGAGGCCUACUUAUGGCAGUAUUACUGGUGUGUACGAAACACUUUUUUCAACUUGAAAAGCGCAAGUGUAGAGAGGGAUCUACGGUUGCUGAAUCCUAUCCUUUUAAAGUCUAAAGGGUUCUGCUUUUAGGCCAAAACUGAACUCCGAAGGGUUUGACCAACCGGUAUGAAGUUUUUCGGGUCGACAAUGCGAAGUCUGAAGGUCAUGACAUUGUCUUGGCCAUAGCGUGCUACUCCCCGCUCUCUAAGAUCCUGGAUGCUUCGUAUUUCAUUUUAAAAACGCUGGCUUAAAUGCCAGUACCGAGGUCGAUUAGCGGUGGAGACGAUGUCCUGUCUGUAUUAACUAAUCCAUCAUUAAUUUUCUUGGUAUUCCCACCGUAUUUGGUUCACACUCAAAGUACCACUGCUGGCCUUCCUAACGCACGAUUUCUUCUUUGAUUAUCAGACGUUUGAGCCAUCGACCUCAUUCUCUCUUCUCUUUCAUUGGCAAGACAGAGUCAAGAUAACCUGAGGUGACUUUGCUCACUAUGUUUGACGAUGUCUAAGUUACUAUAGGCAUACAACAUGUGCUGGCCAUCAACGUCACAUAAACCAGUCUCAAAUACAGUACAUACGCUAUCUUGUGGAAUGUCAACUGAAAUUCUGACACGUACUUUCGAUUCCAAAAGAUUACUUUAGCAGGGUCAUAAUAUUACUUAUCAUGUCACAUAAUGGUAAGAUGUUCCGGUCACGUCAAGGUGCCCGCUUUUGAAUGGGCCUCUUGUCGACAGCUAGUAUACACUAUAUCCCGCGAAAAAACACUCUUAAGUAGCAUGACUUUUAACCAUUGAUUCCAAUGCCCUUAUAAAUUCAUAUAUUUUAUACAAAAGAAGCACAGAAAUAAUAUUUCUUUCGCUCAUUCGGUUGCAAAGUUCGUCUUCUUCAAACUUCACACUUGAAGAAAGUGUAUCCCCGGCCUGCCGUUACACUUGCAUUCAGAAUUUCCAAACUACAAGCUGUACAAUUUUCGUGCAAGGAGAAUCACACAUUUCUAUAUGCCGUUAGGAAGAGAACAUAUCGGGCUCAUAAAAUUUUGUAAUGAACGUUGUCCACAUCAUAAGCAGCAUUGUCAAUCUACCCGCAUUCUCUGUCGUCCCACCUGGCUGCUAUUAUGACUUGGCCGAAUUCGGCCUGUUAUUUGGUUGCCUGUUCGUGACUUUUGCCACCAACACGGAGCUUGUUUGCCUCGGGAAGCCAAUAGAUCGGUGUGCGCCCAUUCCUGAUUGAUAAAUACCCGAUCUGCAGCGGCAGAGAAUGACAGGUGGCGAGGCACUGGUGAACUUCGGUUCGAUGAAGUGCUUAUGACCCAUCUGGUAGACCCCAGUGGUGGAUCAACUGCGCCAGGUGCGUCUGUGCGCAUGUUUGUGUUUCUGAUCUCAGCUGUUGGUCAAGGUUGUGAUUGGCUGAAUAAAGGCACAAUAAGCCCGAAACAGUACAGUAUCAAUCUACCCGCAUUCUCUGUCGUCCCUCCUCGCUGCUAUUAUGACUUGGCCGACUUAGGCCUGGUAAUUGAUUGCCUGUUCGUGACCUUUGCCGUCCAUACGGAGCUUGCUUGCUUCGGGAAGCUAAAAGAUGGGUGUGCGCCCAUUCCUGAUACGAUGCUUUACGAUCGGGCAUUCCACGGUCAUAAAAAAUCUCAUAUUUACAAACUUUCUAAAAACCGAAAAAUAUUCUUUUUCAUAAAUAAAAAAUGAGGAAGACCUAAUUUGCCACCACAUGAGUGGAAAAAGGGAGAAGAAGGUGAGCGCCCCCUACCAUUGUAUAUUUCCGAUCGAAACCGACAGGACAACGGGCUCGUGGCCCAGUGCUUAGAGGCGUGGACUUCUAACUAACAAGUCGCGAGUUCGAACCCCAGGUAUUCCACACUUCGGGAUUGGGUAUGACUGGCUGACGACGGCUAAUAAGCCAGAAAUGACCAUUCCAGUCUCCCUUGCUUUGUCCGUAAUAACAUACGGCCUAUAUCAUGCGCCGCUGUGCGGCUGCUGGUUGGGCUCGAGAGGGAGUGCCCGUAAGGCACAACUGAACGAAAGAGUUCCGUAAGAAUGAUCGGUGAGCGCCCCCCACCAUAAAAGAUAUUUUAAUUUAGAAGGGCAUCGAAAACCAAGGGGAAAAUCCACGCUACUUACUUGGCAACUUUUUACGAUAUGCAGUUUACCUAGGUGAUCAAUAAGGAGCUCGUUCUAAAGCCGGCUUCCCGGCGCGAUUGGAAUACCUUGGUAUAAUGCCACAAGGUAAUUACUAUUACAACCAUACUUAAGUAAUCUUUUCGAAAUGUGAGAGUGCCAUAAAGGCCGCAUUAAGCGGCGACUGCAAUCUGAUACUGUCAUGUAACAACCUGCAUCCUGCCCCUGUUCAUACGCGCACAUUACUAGCCGUUCAGUCAGCCCUCAUCAUUAGGCCUGCGGCGCUGCUACGCUGCACUUCCCACCAAUCACGGCCAUUAACGCUGACUUAACCUGGGAUUGUGGGUGGCCCAGGUAUGUCCAUUACUGUAGACACUGCAAUGCCGCUGGGCCGCUGUCAUUCACUCUUCACCUUUGAUCCUAUCAGUUUUGCCGGUGGAGGGCGACGCUUACCCCGUAGGGGCCCUGCCCGUCGGCACACAGGUCUGCCUCCUUGAACUGCAUCCCGGAGAUGGCGCGACCUUCUGCUGUGCGGCUGGCACCCACGCGAGCGUCAUCCGUCGCGGAGCCUGUGUGCACGACCUGGAGACGAUUCGUCGACGUCAAGCCGACCUCCUCUCCGCAGACGGUCUAGGCGAUGAGUACACCUGCUCCGUACAGCUGUCGUCCACGCGACGGGAAAUUCGCCUCCUGCCGACCUGUGUUGUCGUGGUUGGCCAAGUCUCCAAUGAACAUCACAACAAGGAGAAGUGCGUGCCCUGGUUCCCGUUUAAUUUCUGCUGGCCUUUUUUGGCGAAGCCAGAGUGGAUCUGUGUGGUCCAGUUUUAAUCAGUGCGGAUAAUAAACUCCUGUAAAAACGUCGUCCGCUGAUCUGGAUGGACCCAAACUAUGCAAUAAGGGUGUUUCGUUUUGCCUUGGAGCCGCUCCAACCUAAAUUCCUCGCAUAGCGACGGCGGCCAAUCAUCAGCUGCCUUCUAGAGCUUCAAGGCGAAACGAAACCCCCCUACUCCAUCACGCCUCUGUUCAGUAUUUGUCAGUCUACGCCAUUUUCCAAACUAAGCAUCCAUAUUUGAACCACCACCUCGCAUUUUUGACCCCGUAGCGGACAACCACACGUCAGUUUCCGCUGCAUAUUGAGCUCCGUACUGCGCAGCAAUUUUGGACGCUUUGCGUCUCCGAGUUCGCCCAUGCAGCGCAACUCACUUUGCGGUCAAAAAUGACGAUUUUCUAAGUCGGAUAUUGUAUUACGGUCUGUGUGGCCGAGCUUAUUGUUUGAAGGCCUUGUUUUCCGUCCGUCAUCUUGUCUUUUCAGGAUUUUUCAACUCUGUUUACGAGUUUGAAUCCCGAAAGUGUUAUAACACCUUUCAGGUCACAUCUUGCUAAAGUUUUGUAUGUAGCGGCCUCUCCAACUACUAGUAGUAUUUGCCUAUGACAUUCCGCAGCCGUAUUGUGAGAGAAAAUAGUUUUUGGUUGUAGAUCGUUAAUCAGUCUUACAAAUUUGUUCAGUUCUGCUGAAGCAGCCACCUCUCCUGCUCGAUCUGUACACGCGCCAGGGUCGCCGAGUCGAAACCGAUUCACAAGAGGCUGGACCCCGUGUUGCCGGGGCUCCCAAUGAGCCUUAGCCCCCACUGUUGGGGGAUAUAGUAGUUCACUUUCGCGAUCGAAUUUCCGAAAACUCUUGGAGAGCUUAGGAGCCAGGUUUGCCUUCGAGACUUUUUUUGUUUCCACCUCACGUUAUGUGAUUGGCACGUGCCCGUCCAAAAUCUAUACUUCGACUGUCUGCUCGGCUGUUGUCAAAGGACGUGACGCCUGUCGUUAGUAAGACGCAAACUGUAGACAGCGCAAAUUAAAUAGGAGGGGUCGGGCACGGGAAUAUGGACUUCCCCCGGUACUACAUCUGGCCUCGCGCUAAGUUCCUGGAGGGGAGGGGGCUUCCGAUUUCCAUUUCCCAACUUUAACUCUAACACUUCCCCUGAUCCUCCCGACCCUAACUCUAAUUGCCCUGACUACCUGUGUCCCCCUUUUGAAAUUGAGGCCAAGGCAACCUGUAGUAGGGGGCGGGGGUCAAUAUUCUUGUGCCCAACUCAUUAGUUCGGCUCACGCGAAUGUAUUGACAAGCCGAAUGGGGUCUGCCUCCUGGUUACGCACUUCUGAUUGGCCCGCUCACUCCUUCCCCAUCACUUGCAUCCAGUGUCAAUCUCGCUUUCCCAUUUUCCUGCCCUAUAGCUUGACAGUAGUUAAAUGGAAGCUUUUAAACGUUGACUUGACCUUCAAGGCACCGAAGGCGUCCCCGGCUUCCCUAGUUGAGCAAUCGGACGCCAAUCAAAAAAGUCGCUUUCGAAGGCCCGCUGAUUUUAAUUUUAGAGGUUUUGGCAACAUGACCAGGUGUCCGGUCUCUCUUUCUGCACUUCUUCUGCGAGGCCUCGGCUCCAGUAGUUCGGAAGCUACCAGUGUUCAUGUUGCGUGCUGGACCUGUAUAAUAAUUAAGACUGCAAUCCUCUUCUAGCUAUGCACAUCAACAUAAGAAGUGCUGCUUGGCAUGCACUUACACAGUAGUGUGCGUAAAGCGUAUCCUAUUUUUGUAUAUGAACAAAAAAUUCCCUGAUUGCAUUGCGUCGAUCCCUCACAGAUUGACAUCCGCACAUGCCUGCCUUUAAAACCAACUGUUGCUGCAUGUAGCGUUGCCAGUGGCGGCUUUUUCUUCGUACAACUCCUGUCAUUCUCUACAUCUGCCUUCGGCGAAACAGGUACCGAAAAUUCGGCGAGAAGAAUUGGCACGGUAUCAAGCAGCGCAGCGGUCUGUAUCAGAAGAAGACAGGCCGUUUCGGCAGGAAAAUCCAUCCCGUAGACCCAGUCCUCGACUGCACCGAGGAGUCGCCGCCGCCGGCCCUAAUCCAGGCCAAAUUUACUCUUCCGGACAUUCCCGAAUUUACUAGGCAGCGCGAACGCGAGGUCUACUCAGAUCUCCUGCAGAUCCCUCGGCCGAGAAUUACUCCCGUCCCCGGCCCAAACAACGCUCUACCGCACACCCUCGCACCUUUCUCCUGGAGACAUAACUAG